UGCUAGCUGCUGUAUACUCUUCAUCUUUUUAUUCGCUCUCACUAGACUCUUUCUUGAUCUCACAGAGAAACAACUAGAAAGAAAACUUACAAAGACAUCCAAAAUCAAAUUAUAAUAUUUAUCAAUAAAAUUUGAAUUAUAAAGAUGCAACUGUUAAAUGCGGUGAUGGCGACGAGGAUGUUGACGGAGUUAGGAGGUCAAUCAAACGGAGACGAAAUACCGUUUGGAUCGUUCUCAUGGUUUGCGUACGCAGGAAUUUCUUGCUUCCUCGUUCUCUUCGCAGGUAUCAUGUCUGGGCUUACCUUAGGCCUCAUGUCUCUUGGUCUUGUCGACCUCGAAAUUCUCCAACGUAGCGGCACUUCCACCGAGAAAAAACAAGCUGCUGCGAUUCUUCCGGUGGUUCAAAAACAGCACCAGCUUCUGGUGACUCUGCUUCUUUGCAAUGCUGCUUCUAUGGAGGCUCUUCCUAUAUACUUGGAUAAGCUUUUCAAUCAGUAUGUUGCUAUAAUACUUUCCGUGACUUUUGUUCUAGCUUUUGGAGAGGUUAUUCCACAAUCAAUAUGCACCAGAUAUGGAUUAGCUGUCGGGGCCAAUUUUGUAUGGCUUGUGCGAAUUUUAAUGAUACUUUGUUAUCCAAUUUCAUAUCCCAUCGGGAAGGUUCUGGAUUGUGUAUUGGGACAUAACGAAGCAUUAUUUAGACGGGCACAAUUAAAAGCCCUUGUUUCCAUCCACGGCUUGGAGGCUGGCAAGGGUGGUGAACUCACACAUGAUGAGACAACAAUUAUUAGUGGGGCACUAGAUUUGACUGAAAAGACUGCUGAAGAGGCUAUGACACCUAUUGAAUCAACUUUCUCCCUAGAUGUCAAUUCAAAGUUGGACUGGGAGGCAAUGGGAAAAGUUCUUGCACGCGGUCAUAGCAGAGUUCCUGUAUAUUCUGGGAAUCCAAAAAAUAUCAUUGGACUACUUUUGGUGAAAAGCCUUCUCACUGUUCGACCUGAAACAGAGACCCCAGUUAGUGCAGUUUCAAUCCGAAGAAUUCCACGGGUUCCAUCUGAUAUGCCUCUGUAUGAUAUACUGAAUGAGUUUCAAAAGGGUAGCAGUCAUAUGGCAGCUGUUGUGAAGGCCAAGGGGAAAAGCAAGGCUCUUCCACCAACAAUUGAUGGGAAAGAACAUGAAGGAAACAAAGUAACUGGCAAAGAGUCCCAAUUGACUACUCCAUUGUUGUCCAUGCCAAAUGAGAAGUUAGAUAGCGUUGUUGUGGACAUGGAUAGGGUUUCAAGGCCAAGUAGGCAGCCUUCUUUACAGCGUAAUGAUGCUUCAAUUAAAGGAAUGACCCUGCUAUCAGAGGACAUUGAAGAUGGUGAAGUAAUUGGUAUCAUCACCCUAGAAGAUGUAUUUGAAGAACUUCUGCAGGAGGAGAUUGUGGAUGAAACAGAUGAAUAUGUAGAUGUACAUAAAAGAAUCCGUGUGGCUGCAGCUGCAGCUGCUUCAUCUGUGGCGCGGGCACCAUCAAGUCGAAGGUUAACAGCCAAUAAGGGAUCUGGAGGCCACCAAAGUAAGCCGGGGCAAACACUGAAGAAAUCGGAGAAUGAUUCAAGUGCCACAAGAUUACAAGGGACUGCCGGUGAGCCUUUUCUUGGAAACAAGAGAUAAAUAGGUCUCACACACCCAUGUACUUUUGGAAAAAAUCCUGAAAAGAGAUUUUUUUGUCUGCCUCGUUAUUCUAUGAAGCAUAUGCCUAUAGUAUAGCGAAAACAAGUUUUGUUUAUAUAUCUACAUGACAAUUAAUUCGAGAUCAUAUGAAUAAAUUGUAGGCUUGUACCA